AUGGAUUUUCUUAACUUUUUGUUUUUUGUCAACAAUAUAUUGUUGACUUUUGUGCUAUAUUCAGGGGUAGGUGCCGAUGUAAUGUGCAAUGAUGGGACUAAUGAUUACUGAAUUGAUGAUAAAAUUUGUGGCGAAGUAUGUCCUUCACAAUUUAUCCAAGAUGUAGACCGAGAUAAAGGACAAUUGUGCAAUUUACCGAGCUCCAAUGCUGAGCUAUUUGAGCUUAAAUUUUGGAUGAUCCAAAAUCUAUCUCAAACUUCUAUAACGAGCUCAAUCAACUCUGCUGAUAAUUGAGAAAAUCCAUUUUUAGUUCCUUACAAUUCUCCAACGAAUACAUCUCCAUUACCUACUAGGAGCCGUGGAUUUUAUUUUACUUCAAGUUCAUCAAUCGCCAGCAACCAACCCUAUAUCCCAUCUCUUUAUUUCACAGCAGCUCUAUGGAUUACAGCAAUAACCCCUGGAAAGAUUUUGACUGUAAGGGCUGAAUCAACAAACUAUAUAGAAUUAGUGCUUGAUGAUCACUACUUUGCUUUCAAUAUACUGGCAAAAACGCCACAUCGUGAUAGCGAUAUGCCAAAAAUUACCUCUAUAGCUGAUAGUGUUUGGCAAUAUGUGUUAAUUCAAAUUAAUCAAAUAGAUUCUGAUACAAUUAAAUUGGUUAUUGCAAUAAAUGAAGAUCCGGGUAGUAUUCCAAACCUUUUUGAGCAUGGCUAUGAAGCAAGGUUUCCGAAUAAAGUAUAUAAUUGGACAAUCGGAAAAUCAGAUGAAACUUCUUUCAAUGGAUUUUUAUAUUGAAUUAAAGGAUGAAAUGUUUUAUAUCACUAUCAUUGAUCCCCAGAUUUUUCACAAUUAUGCAAUAUUAGACUACCUUGCAAUAAUUUUGAUGAGUGAAGAGUAAAAUAA